CGCAUGCGCGCAGUAUACAAAAUGUCGGGAGGAUCGGAAAGGUUAAAAAUGAGAAGGAAUUUAUCUCCAGGAAGCUCAAACAUGGCACACCAGUUUUGUUGUCUCUGUCCAGAUAUUUAAGAAGUGGGGUGAGGGAUUCAAUCGACCAUCCUUCCUGCUCAGACUGUGGGGAGGGAUUCACUCGAUCAUCCUUCCUGCUCAGACUGUGGGGAGGGAUUCACUCCGUCAUCUGACCAACUGGCACGCCCGUCAUUUUACACAGGAGAGAGGCCGUUCACCUGCUCAGACAGUGGGAAUGUAUUCACUCGGUCAUCACAAUUGAAGGUACAUCAGCACAUUCACACUGGGCAAGGCCAUUCACCUGUACUGUGUGUGAGAAAGGAUUCAGUCAGUCUUCCCACCUGUGGACACACCAGUCAGAUCACUCUGGGCAAAGGCUGGUGAUCUGCUGAAUAUCUGGGAAAGGAUUCACUCAGUCAUCUGACCUAAUGGCACACCAGCGUGUUCACACUGGGCUGAGGCCGUUCACCUGCUCACAAUGUGGGAAGGGAUUCACUCAGUCAUCCCACCUGCACAGUCACAAACGAGUUCACACUGGGGAGAAGCCAUUCACCUGCUCAGUCUGUGGGAAGGGAUUCACUCAGUCAUCCACACUACAGAGUCAUCAGCGAGUUCACACUGGAGAGAGGCCAUUCACCUGCUCAGAGUGUGGGAAGGGAUUCACUCGGUCAUCCCAACUACUGGCACACCAGCAAGUUCACACUGGGGAGUGGCCUUUCACCUGCUCAGAAUGUGGGAAAGGAUUCACUAAGUCAUCCAGCUUACUGGUACAUCAGCGAGUUCACACAGGGGAGAAGCCAUUCAGCUGCUCAGUCUGUGGAAAGAGAUUCAUUCAGUCAUCUUACCUGCAGAGUCAUCAGCGAGUUCACACAGGGGAGAAGCCGUUCAGCUGCUCAGUGUGUGGGAAGAGAUUCACUCAGUCAUCCCACCUACAGAGUCACCAGCGAGUUCACACCGGGGAGAGGCCGUUCACCUGCUCAGACUGUGGUAAGAGAUUCACUCAGUCUUCCACCCUACAGAGUCAUCAACGAGUUCACACUGGGGAGAGGCCGUUCACUUGCUCAGAAUGUGGGAAGAGAGUCACUGAUUCAUCUGCCCUACAGAGACAUCAGCGAGUUCACACUGGGGAGAAGCCGUUCACCUGCUCAGAAUGUGGGAAGAGAUUCACUGAUUCAUCCACCCUACAGAAGCAUCAGCGAGUUCAUACUGGGGAGAAGCCGUUCACCUGCUCAGAAUGUGGGAAGAGAUUCACUCAAUUAUCCAAUCUACAGAGACAUCAUCGAGUUCACACUGGGGAGAAGCCGUUCACCUGCUCAGUCUGUGGGAAGAGAUUCACUGAUCCAUCCACACUACUGAGUCAUCAGCGAGUUCACACUGGGGAGAAGCCAUUCACCUGCUCAGAAUGUGGGAAGGGAUUCACUCGGUCAUCCUACCUACAGAGUCAUCAACAAGUUCACACUGGAGAGAAGCCGUUCACCUGCACAGAAUGUGGGAAGAAAUUCACUUGGUCAUCCACACUACAGAGUCACCAGCGAUUUCACACCGGGGAGAAAUCGUUCAUCUGCUCAGACUGUGGGAAGGGAUUCACUGACUCUUCCACCCUACAGAGACAUCAGCGAGUUCACACUGGGGAGAAGCCAUUCACCUGCUCAGAAUGUGGGAAGGGAUUCACUCAGUCAUCCCACCUACUGGAACACAAGUUAGUUCACACUGGGGAGAAGCCGUUCACCUGCGCAGAAUGUGGAAAGAGAUUCGCUCACUCAUCCAACCUACAUAGUCAUCAGCGAGUUCACACUGGGGAGAAGCCGUUCACCUGCUCAGAAUGUGGGAAGAGAUUCACACACUCUUCCACCCUUCAGAGACAUCAGCGAGUUCACACUGGGGAGAAGCCGUUCACUUGCUCAGAAUGUGGGAAGGCAUUCACUCAGUCAUCCCACCUACUGGCGCACCAGUCAGUUCACACUGGGGAGAGGCUGUUCACCUGCUCAGACUGUGGGAAGGGAUUCACUCAGUCAUCCAACCUACAGAGACAUCAGCAAGUUCACACUGGGGAGAAGCCGUUCACCUGCUCAGUCUGUGGGAAAGGAUUCACUCAGUCAUCCCAACUACUGGAACACAAGUCAGUUCAUAGUGGGGAGUGGCCAUUGUUAUGAAUCCCUAGGUUUCGUUUGAUAUGGACUCAUUUUAAGAGAAAUUAAGAAGGUGAAUCAGUCUGACUUGCAGCUUGUUUACAUCGCUCGCAGCUUGUUUAGUUUUAACCGAGGACACAGACACUCAGAGUCAGAUGGAGAUGGAUGAAAAAUGGAAGGAUUGAAACCAGGGAACUAGUGGCUAAAGGUCACUGUUUAGAACUUUCCUGUGCCCACAAGGGUGGGUUAAUUAUCCAUUCACUGUACAUUGAAUGUGUGGUUGUCCCCUUGUUUGAUCCAUAGACGUGUAUCUGAUUUGAGGUAUCCUGUGAAGUCCACUUAUGUGUUAACCCUUGCCUGGGUGUGACGUGGUCAUUCAUUUGAAGAUGAUACCCCUCAUGACAAGUCACUUUUGGUGAUAAUUUGUAUGUAGAUUUGUAAAGAUGACUGAUAAAAUCUACAGCAACUGGUCUCUCAUUUUACCACUGUGGAACCUGUAGAACAGACAGACAGACAGACGUACUUUAUUGAUCCUGAGGGAAAUUGAGUUUCAUUUCAGCCACACCAACCAAGAAUAGUGUAGAAAUAUAGCAAUAUAAUACCAUCAAUAAUUAAAUAAUAAUAAGUUAAUCUUUGCAAGUGGAAAUAAUUCCAGGACCAGCCUAUUGGCUCAGGAUGUCUGGCACUAUGAGGGAAGAUUAGAAAAGUUUGAUGGCCACAGGCAGGAAUGACUUCCUGUGACGCUCAGUGUUACAUCUCGGUGGAAUGAGUCUCCGGCUGAAUGUACUCCUGUGCCUAACCAGUAUACUAUGGAGCGGAUUGGAGUCAUUGUCCAAGAUGGCAUGCAACUUGGACAUCAUUCUCUUUUACGACACCACCGUCAGAGAGUGCAGUUCAACCCCCGCAACAUCACUGGCAUUACGAAUGAGUUUGUUGAUUCUGUUGGUGUCUGCUACCCUCAACCUUCUUCCCCAGCACACAACAGCAAACAUGAUAACACUGGUCACCACAGCCUCGUAGAACAUACUCACCAUCGUCUGGUAGAUGUCAAAGGACCUCAGUCACCUCAGGAAAUAGAGUCGGCUCUGACCCUUCUUGUAAACAGCCUGUGUGUUCUUUGAGCAGUCCUGUUUAUUGUCAAUUCGUAUCCCCAGGUAUUUGUAAUCUUCCACCAUGUCCACACUGACCCCUUGGGUGGAAACAGGGGUCACCAGUGCCUUAACCCUCCUCAGGUCCACCACCAGCUCCUUAGUCUUUUUCACAGUAAGCUGCAGAUGAUUCUGCUCGUACCAUGUGACAAAGAUUUCCACCAUAGCUCUGUACUCAGCCUCAUCUCCAUUGCUGUUCGACAUAACUGCCUUCUCUCGACAUUUACCCUGAAUUACAAAUAUCUCUCUCAUCACCUAUUUUGUGGAUGAACUGAACAUUCAUACUUUACCAUCUGAAGACUCCAAGCCUUGUUUCCCCCGAGCUCAAUAGUUUGGGAGUUAUAUUUACACACAUAUAUACACAUAACACUGUUAAUUUUCAUUUAAUUUGCUGAAGUUACUAUAGUAUAAAUGGAUACUAAUAAGCAUUGUUGUUUUCACAUCAAAAACAGACUCCAGUAGUAGUCUGUUGCUGGUGGUUCAUUUCUGAAGCCUUAAGGUUCGUAACAAAAUGGGGCCUGCUUCUGGGAUAUGAUCAAAUUUGAGGAUUGAUUAAUUAUCAAUUUCAUUGGGGAAAUCUCUUUUGAUUUAUUUCUGUUUGGAAAAUUUGCAGCAAUGGAUGUUGAUCGAUGUCAGGAAGCGCCAACCUCUGUGGCAUUAGAGGACGCCAGAAGGGUUGAGUUGUUGAGUAUUGCUGAAAGGUUAAAACUUGCUAAGGUGAAAUUGACAAUGAGGAGAUGCAGAGGAUAACAGCUUAACAUUAUGUAUCUGAGGGGGUGUUUAAAGUGGAGGAGUUGGAGGGGUUUCCUGAAAGUAAACCUCGUGAGCUUGAGCUCCAGUACAAGUGAGAAAAAUUAAAGAUGGAGGCUGCGGAAAGGCAGAGGCAGUUUGAGGCUAGAGAGGCAGAAAAACAGACAGAAAAUUGUCUCAUAAAGUGUAAUAAAGGGAAAGGCUUAGCUAGCCUAUACUGCUUUGCCAGUUGAUGAAGCAGCUGAUUUUUUAUACUGCACCAAUCAUCGCCACUGGGCUAUAAACGUGCAGGAGCAGUGUGUGGUUCAGUGCUUUGCUCAAAAACACUCACACUGCCUCGGCUGAGGCUCGAAAACAUGACCUUCAGAUCACUAGUUCAACACCCUAACCAGCUGGCCACGCACCACACAUUAUGACCUAGUGAAGCAGGCUGUGCUCAAAACUUAUGAGUUGGUCCCAGAAGCAUAAAGGCAAAAGUUUAGAAAUUUGAAGAAACCUGUGAAACAGACUUAUAUGGAAUUUGCUUAUGAGUAAUUUGUGUGUAUUGCCCGCUGGUGCACAUAUAAAAAAUAUAAAUAAUGAUUUUAACAGCUUGAACGAGUUGGUUUUAACUGAAGAAUCCAAAAAGUGUGUCCCUGAUGACAUAAAGAUGUAUUUAGAUGGAAAUGAUGCUGCCACUAUGCAGGAGUCUGCUAGAUUAGCAGAUCAGUUUGCUUUAACUCAUAAGGUUAUGGUUACCCUGAAUAAGAGUUUCGAAAAGAGUAGCAGGGAUAACCAGGGUAAACCAGAAAUUAAUGCUGGGAUUUGUCACAGUUGUCAAGUUUUGGCUAAACCUCAUCAGGUCACCCCAGUGGCCCCACUCCGACCUAUACCUGCAUUCUGUGAACCCUUUUCUAAAGAUAUAGAGAAUUAUGUUGGCCCAUUGCCAAAGCCUAAAGCUGGCCAUCAGUAUCUGCUAACUAUUAUGUGUACUGCGUCCAGAUUCCCAGAGGCAAUGCCUCUCAGAAAUAUUAAAGCUAAAACUGUGGCGUAGGCUCUUACUGAGUUUUUUUUUACUUUAUUCGAUUUGCCUCAAGAAAUCCAGUCUGAUCAAGGAAGUAAUUUUACAUCUGGGUUAUUCCAGCAGGUAGUUUCUGAACUGGGAGCAAAACAAAUUACAUCGUCUACAUACCAUCCAGAAUCACAAGGGGCUUUAGAAAGAUUUCACUAUACCCCCAAAACAAUGAUUAAGACAUACUGUGUUGAAAAUGGAAACAACUAGGAUGAAGGAAUACAUUUGCUUUUGUUCGCAGUAAGAGAGUCGGUUCAGGAAUCAUUGGGCUUUACUCCAUUUGAACUCGUAUUUGGACGCAGAGUGAGGUGACCUUUGACCUUGUAAAAGGAGCGGUGGAUUGGUAGGGAUUUACAUGUUAACUUGUUAGACUAUGUUUUAAAUUUCAAAAAUAAACUACACCAAUUCUGUGGUCUAGCGAGACAAAACUUAAAGAUUUCUCAAAACAAAAUGAAGUGUUGGUUUGAUAAGCAGGGUUGUGAAAGAAAAUACCAGGUGUGAGAUAAGGUGCUUGCCUUAUGUUGACGAAUCCACUUCAGGUGAAAUUCAAUAGACCGUAUGAAAUAGUCUCUCAAUUUAAUGAUGUGAAUUAUGUUAUUACAACACACAACCUACGUAAACUAACACACCUGGCACACAUAAAUAUGAUAAAGCCUUGUUUUGACAAUCAGGCACCAUCUGUGUGUGUUGUUGUCAAAACAUAUGAAUCUGGCAACCCUGAGCUUGAAACAAUUGACUCGUCUGAGACUUUUUACAAGCCAAACGUGGUCCCAGUUCGGCUAAUGAACUCCGUUGUUCCAGAAAACAUUGAUAACAAGUCGGCUCAUCUGCAGCCAAAGCAACAACAACAGCUGAAGGAAUUAAUUCUGAAGUUUAAAGAUUUCUUUCCCGAUGUUCGCAAGCAAACCACGGUCUCAUUACAUGAUGCAGAUAUUGGUCAAGCCAAACCGAUUAAACAACACCCAUAUCGCAUGAACGUAGAGAAUGUAAAUUGGCUGAGCAAUUGUUGUAAGCGUGGAAACAGAUUCAGUAGGUCUCAGGGGCACAGAUUAUGGGAAGGUAAAUGAAGUAACAAAAACAGAUGCCUAUCCUGUCGCUAGGAUAGAUGAUUGCAUCGAUAAAGUUGGAAUAGCUAAUUUCUUACAAAGAUUGAUCUGUUGACAGGGUAUUGGUGUGUUCCAUUGACGGACAGACAUAGAGAAAUUUCUGCCUUUGCGACACCAUCUCGGUUGUAUGAAUACAAUGUUUUGCCUUUUGGAAAGAAAAAUGCUCCAGGAACAUCCCAGAGAAUGAUUAAUUUUGAAAUUCGAGGGUUAGAACACACAGAUGCCUAUAUUGAUGACUUAGUCACAGGGAGUGACACUUGGGAAGAGCAUAUCUCUGAUUGGUAAGAAGGCUCUGAGAAGGUUUCUGGGAAUGGAUGGAUAUUAUCGUAAGUUCUGUAAGAACUUUCCUGCUCUCGCUCUUCCUCUGACUAAUCUCCUGAAGAUGGGUGAAAAGUUUGUUUGGACUGAACCUUGUCAGGAGGCAUUUGAUCGAUUGAAAGAUAUUAUUUGAGAUUAGGCCAAUCAAUGUAGUAUUCUCAGCAAAUUUAAUUAGCAGAUUGGAGCUGUGGGUGGCAACACAAGUCAUGGGUGCACAGAGAGUAAAGGAGAGGGCCAAAGUGACAACCCUGUGGGGUAUGUGUGCUGAGGGUCAGAGAGACAGAGGAGAUGGAGCCCACUCUUACCACCUGCUGGUGAUCUGACAGGAAGUCCAGGAUCCAGCUAUACAAGGCAGGGUGAAGGCCGAGGUCUCUGAGCUCCUUGUCGAUACUUCAUGCCUUUGUAUGGCUUCUGCUCUGCCCAUGACUGCAAGAAACUGCAGAGAACUUUGGAGAGCAGAGAACAUCAGAGAAACAAGCCUCCACUCCAUGGACUCUCCCUACACUUCCCCUCCCUCGGAAAAGCAGGCCAUGUACACAAAGAACCUCAUAACCCGGACAUUCUUGCUGCAAACCCGCUCCCACAUUGGCGGAGAGAUACAAAAGCCUUAAAGUGCGUAACACCAGGCUGAAGAACGGCUUCCUGUCUGCAGUUAUAAGCCAAAUGAAUGAUAAAAUGGACUCGGCCUCACAAUGUAACUCGACGUGACCCUGCACCAUAUGUCUAUCUGCACCGCACUUACUCUGC